AUGCUUUCUGAGAGAGGCAAUCAGAAGGUCACGGCACUUUUUGGGGCAGUGGAUUCUGGGGAGAUGGCGGUUGACGAGGACGAUAUUGCGCUGUACAUGCCUCCGGGUAAUGCCCGCGAUGAAGAGGAACAAUGGCUGCGCUAUUUGAGCAAUAUACUGAAACGCAGUGAGCACAUACGGCGAUGUGAGUGCCAGAGGCAGCAGAAGCAGGCUUAUCAGCCGGUACAUCUUUACGGUCUGAAUCAAUUCUAUCUCAAGAACGUCUUGAACGUCUGGCGAGUAUACUCAGAUCCGUAA